AUACUCCUCUGGUCCUCGUUCUCUGCCUGCACAAGAAGGAGAGUAGGCGCUCCUCUCUCUCUCUCUCUCUCUCUAGAACAGAGGCUUCUCCUUCCUUGACAAACCACAUUGAAACCUAUCUCAGGCCCUAGAAAGCCUCUACACUCUAUUCCUGAGGUCUGUUCUCUAAUGUGACCUCCUUCUCUUUCUCUCAGGUCCCUGCUUUUGCUUUUAGCAAAAAUGGGUUCUCUUUAGAUCCUUGAGAUCUUCAACAGGAAUAUUAUAACGCCGUCUGUUCUUUUCCUCUUUCUCUGGCUCUGUUUUGGUGAGCGAGGAGAGUCCUACUUUGUGGGGUUUCUUUCCUGGUUCGUUUUGACAUGAGAUCACUGGAGGUUUAGGCUUCUGUAGAGGCGAGCGGAAGGGGAGGUUGUCGACUUGGAAAGAUGAGUAUCCGCAUGGAUACUAGUUGCGGGGUCUUGCUAAGAGAACUCCAGCAUAUAUGGGAUGAGAUGGGUGAAAGUGAGGCAGAGAAGGACCAAAUGUUGGUGGAACUGGAGAGGGAAUGUUUGGAAGUGUACAGGAGGAAGGUGGCCGAGGCAAGCAAUGCUAAGGCAAGACUGCACCAGUCCCUAGCAGCUAAAGAGGCUGAACUUGCAGCACUUGUGGCAGCGGUUGGAGAUCUCGACCUUCAUUCCCUGCCAGAGAGAAGGCCAUCUUCAUUGAAGGAGCAACUUGCAUUGGUGACACCUUUACUAGAAGAUUUGCGGAUGAAAAGAGAAGAGCGUGUCAAACAAUUUGGUGAUAUAAAAGCACAGAUUGAAAAAAUUAGUGGAGAGUUGUCUGGAUAUACAGACUUGAAUGAUAAAAAUGCAGUUACUGUGGAUGAACAUGAUUUAUCAUUAAGGAAGCUGAACGAGUACCAAUUACAUCUUCAAUCUUUGCAGAAGGAGAAGUCAGAUCGUCUUCAUAGGGUUCUUGAAUCUGUGAAUGAGGUACAUUGUCUUUGUGCUCUACUUGGAGUAGACUUUGGAGAGACUGUCAGUGAAGUGCACCCAAGCCUACAUGAGGCGGGAAAUACGCAAUGCAAGAACAUCAGCAAUGACACAUUGGUUGGUCUUGCUCAAUCUAUUGAGAAGCUAAAGAUGGAAAAGAAAGCACGUAUUCAGAAGUUGAAAGACAUUGCAUCGUCUCUCUUUGAACUGUGGAACUUGAUGGAUACACCUGAGGAGGAAAUGAUGCCUUUUGGUAGGACCACUGACAUCCUUGGGUCAUCAGAAAGUGAUAUCAAAGAUCCUGGCAUUCUUUCGAGUGAGAUAAUUAAGCAGGCAUCAGAAGAAGUUGAAAGACUAAGUAAACUGAAAGCAAGUAGAAUGAAAGAAUUGGUCCUCAAGAGAAGGUUAGAACUUGAAGAAAUAUGCAGGAAGGCACAUCUUGAGCCAGAUAUGAGCACAGCUCCUGAGAAAUCAAUUGCCUUGAUAGAUUCUGGUAUAGUGGACCCUUCUGAACUACUUGCAAAUAUUGAGGCCCAGAUUGUAAAAGCAAAAGAAGAAGCAUUGAGCAGGAAAGAAAUAAUGGACAGGAUUGACAAAUGGCUUGCAGCCUGUGAAGAAGAAAAAUGGCUUGAAGAUUACAAUCAAGAUGAGAAUAGGUACAGUGCAGGGAGAGGUGCCCAUUUAAGUCUUAAACGUGCUGAGAAAGCUAGAAUAAGUGUAACAAAGAUUCCUGCUAUGGUGGAUAAUUUGAUGCAUCGCACACGUGCAUGGAAAGAAGAAAGGGAUGAAUAUUUUCUGUUUGAUGGGGUUCGUUUGGCAUCUAUCUUGGAGGAUUAUGUCAUCACCAGACAACAGAAAGAGGAAGAACGGAAGCGAUAUCGGGAUCAGAAGAAAAUACAGGACCUCCUCCUUACAGAGAAGGAAGCCAUUUAUGGGUCCAAGCCUAGCCCAAAAAGGACUAAUGGCUCCAAGUCAAAUGGUAUUCGUGCACAUGGGUCCUCGACCCCUACUCCUCGCCGCUUGUCUGUUGGUAGUGCUGCCUCAGAGAUGAUGACCCCACGUUCACUCUCUGGUCGCCAGAAUGGGCUCUUCAGAGAACCACGGAGAAUGACAGCCACACCUUUGAAUUUUGUAGCACUGAUGAAGGAAGACACAAUGUCAGUGUCAUCGAUGUGUGCUUCUGAAUCAGUGUCACCUCCUUCCACUUGUAGUUGAUUAUUCGCAGAUUAGGACAAGGAAAUGAGGAUUGCUACUAGUGGCAGUUUAAUUUCGUUUUGAGUUGAUCAUUCAGAUUUUGUGCUGCAGAAUGUAAACUAUGUUCAACGGAAUCUGUAUUCUAGAAUGCUGGUAAUUAACGUGAUCAGAGGAAGUCUAAGGAAUCAGUUGAAAGCUGGAAGUCUACAAAUAGCGCUAGACACACUAACUUAGAGUUAUUCAGUAGAAUAUGCGGGCGCUGCUAAUAUGCUUACCCUAUAUUAACCUGAUGUUGGUUGAGUAUGAUUUGCUGUAGUCUUGUGAAUUUGAAAGGAACUAACUGCAUUUUAUUCUCUAUGACCGAUGUGUAAAUAUCCUUUGAAUUGGAAUUUGCCAGUGUGUGUAUGCUUCAACUGUUUGUUGUUGAUGUAAACUUCUUUGAUAAUUAAAGCUUUUCAUGUUAUUGCUCCA